CCUCUAAGUGUAGUUACUAGCCAUCUUAGAGUAAGAUAAUUUCAAAAUAUGUAUAUUUUACACUUACUCCUUAUUACUGAUGUUUAUCUGUCUGUGCAGGUACACAGGUGCCCUGUUGGAGGAGGAUGCCCUGAAAAAAGCAGCAGAAAAUGGAUUGUCUUCACCAGAAUUUUUUGAGCUUUGCAUUUGGUUAGGUUCCCAGAUAAAGUCACUUUGUAAUAUGGAAGAAAGCAUCACUGCAACAGAUGGUGUGAAAGAUAUAGAGAGCUUCCAGCUUGAAAUUAGUGGCUUUCUGAGAGAAAUGUCUUGUCCAUAUUCCUCACUGGUAUCUGGAGACAUCAAAGACAGAUUAAGAGAGAAAGAAGAUUGUCUUAAACUCCUGUUAUUUCUCAGUACAGAACUUCAGGCUUUAAAGAUACUGCAGAGCAAGAAAAUUAAAGGCUCUCGUUUGGAAAAGCACAAUGAAAUUAUUCAAGAAGUGCAAGCUAUUUGUGAUGCACUGGGUCUGCCAAACUCCUCGUCUUCUGGUAUUCCUCCCUUGUUAACCAGUGUGGAACAAAAGAUAAAGGACAUCCUCUCAAAAGUUAAAAAUAGCUAUGUGGGGAAAUCACUGCUAACAAAACCUCUGAACUCCAACCAAGUGGAAAGAUUGGAAAAAAUCAAUGAUGCUCUUUGCAGUGAGUACGAGUGUCGACGGCGGAUGUUGAUGAAGAGGCUUGAUGUGACUGUGCAGUCUUUUGGCUGGUCUGAUAGAGCAAAGGUAAAAACAGAUGAAAUAGCACGGAUCUAUCAGCCCAAGCGCUAUGCGUUGUCUCCAAAGUCCACCAUUACAUUAGCUCACCUCCUUGCUGCUCGUGAGGAUCUGUCCAAGAUCAUAAGAACAAGUAGUGGAUCAACACGGGAGAAGACUGCCUGUGCUAUCAACAAGGUUCUGAUGGGCAGAGUCCCUGACCGUGGAGGCAGACCAACAGAGAUUGAACCACCUCCUCCUGAAAUGCCUCCAUGGCAAAAAAGACAAGAAGGUGGUGGAAGAGGUGGCUGGGGGGGUGGUGGUGGUGGAAGGGGUAACGGUGGGGGUGGCUUCCAAGGUGGAGGUGGCUUCCAGGGUGGAGGUGGCUUCCAAGGUGGCAGAGGAGGUUAUGGUGGCAGGGGAGGCUAUGGUGAUCCAUAUGGUGGAAGAGGAGGGGGAGGAUACCAAAGAUACUAAAUUACCAUAAAUCUUAACAGAGUAGCUGGCAGAAUACAGUGGUGGUGUUUACUGGUUCUAGGAACUUAGAUACGUUGACUUGGGUUUAGGUUAGAAUUAAGUAUGACCAUAUGAGUCAUUUCAUUAGACCAACUGAUUUCAAUUCUCACUUAGUUCUUUUAGUUAACUGAACAGAAGUUUUAUACUAAAAUCUGAUGACUAAAGUCCUUGUUUUUCGUACUGCUUAUAUGGUGUUUUUUUAUUAUGUCAUUUUAUUUAAAAUAAGUCUCAGAAAACUUAAUAAAACCCUUUCUAAACAAACAAAAAUAUAUUAAUGGUCAGACCUCUCUAAUUUAUUGCAUGUUGCAUGAAUACACUCCUGCUCCAAAAUGUUAUGUAGAGAAAACAAAGUAGGCCUAAGAACUGGAUGAAACCACUUUUAAAAACUCAAGAAUGCUGCUUUCAGGCUUAUUCUCUUCAUCUCAUUGUUCUUAGUUCAUAGUUUUCAUGUGGGACAUGUAAAUGAAUUUUAAUUUCAAAUGUUAAAAUCCUUAAGGCUUUGGUCAAAAUUACUCAGUUAGAUUUGAUUAUUCUUGCAGAACUUCACAUUAUAGUAACAUUGUAAAUUAACACUCUACACAAAUUAGUCAAAUCAGCUUGUUUUUUGUGUUCAUAAUGUAUCAGACGCUCUUUAAUGGUUAGAGCAUGUACUGUAAACUGAUAAUGAGUUUUGACAGUGUCAUAUUUUCAUUUUACCUGUUUUCCAC